AUGAGUGAAUGGACGUUGGUGGCGUCGGCGUUCAACUCGUGGUUCGAGAACGCGGAGGAGGACCUGACGGACCCGGUGCGCUGCAACUCCAUCGAGGAGAUCCGCGCGCUCAAGGACGCGCACGCACAAUUCCAGGCGUCGCUAUCAUCAGCGCAAAGCGACUUCGAAGCGCUGGCAGCGCUGGACGCGCAGAUCAAGUCGUUCAACGUGGGCGCCAACCCCUACACCUGGUUCACCAUGGAAGCGCUCGAGGAAACCUGGCGCAACCUGCGCAAGAUCAUCGCCGAGCGCGACGUAGAAUUGACAAAGGAAGCGCAGCGGCAGGAUGAGAACGACAAGCUUCGUAAGGAGUUCGCCAAGCACGCCAAUGCCUUCCACCAGUGGCUCACAGAGACACGGUACGUACCGCUAGUAUACCCUUGCGACGAAGUAGCUACCCAGGUCCAACUCAUUGCUUUUACAAUGGGAAAUGCUUUGGGCAUACCCGCUGAUCGUCCCCAUCCUAAGGCGUACCCAGCUUCUAGCCUAGGGGCAAGUCAUAUCCAGCUUCUGCAGCAUUUUUAG